AUGCUGCGUGCGUCUCGCGUGUCCAUGGGCUACUUCAAGCGGCCUGGUCGCAAGUCGCUCGAUGAAAUCUGCAAGCUGAGCCUCUUCGAGGUGUCCACCCCACAACAGGUGGCGACCACUUGGAACAAUCACCACAUGCAGUUCCUCCAGUACUGGGGACGCACCAUCUCGUCUGAGGCGUACUACGCCCUUGAGCCGCGGCUGAGGAUGUCGCCGUACUUUGUGGUCCCGGUGUUUCGUGACAAGGGACUGUUCAACGUCGUAACCAACUUUAAGGACGACCUCGUCGGCGUCGCACCUCUCGGGGAGUGGCAAAAAAAGCAGGAUAAUGCGCAGAUCCACAUGACCAUUCAGUUCUUCACUGAACUGGCCCGUAGUAAGAGGCUGGUGCUGGUCCGCUGCGAAAUCAAAGACGAGGUCUUCAAGCGUCUCGACUGCAUCUUCGUCACCCAGAUGCUGCUCAAGUACUACACCUUCCCCCGGCUGUACGAGACGUGGGUAGAGACAUUCAACAAGCGACCAGGUCAGUUUGAUUACCAUGCCUUCCUACGUGCCAUGAAGGAUGAGGCGGGCAAGGAUGAAAUCAAGAUUGAGGACAAAAAGUCGGAGAUGCGCCAUGAUGCCUUUGGCCCAGUUAUCGACACCCCGCCCGACGCCGUGGCGAGACAGAUCAUAAGCACGUUGGACAUAGGAGCCCCGAAGGCAUGA